AGAAAAAUAGGCAGGCUGUCACCGGCAAAAGAGAAAUACAACAGUUAAAGAAGGUUCCAUUAACAAGCAAAGCUUCACAUCACAGAUUCACCAAAAUCUCACACAUCUCAUUCUUCUUUCUUCUUACUCUAUUCAAUUCUCAUGUCUUCCGUCAAGCAAAACCAACAACAACCCUCAUGCCACACUAUCUUCUCCCUCCGUGGCUCACUCCUAACCCUCGCAAUCCUCACCCUCCUCUCAUUCACAUACCUUUCCCUCAAAUACACCACUCCUUCAUCUCAGGUGACACCAGUUGGGAAGCUUGUAGAUGCAGGAAGAAGCGAACAAGUAGAAGAUGACGAUGAAUUUGGGGAUGUUUAUCACUCGCCACGCGUUUUCAAGUUGAAUUUUGCGGAGAUGGAGAAGAGGUUCAAGGUUUAUAUAUACCCAGAUGGGGAUUCUAAGACUUUUUAUCAGACUCCGAGGAAGCUUACGGGGAAGUAUUCUAGUGAGGGUUAUUUCUUUCAGAAUAUUAGGGAGAGUCGUUUUCGCACUCUUGAUCCCGAUCAGGCUCAUCUCUUUUUUAUUCCUAUUUCAUGUCACAAGAUGCGCGGCAAGGGCACAUCUUAUGAUAAUAUGACCAUAAUUGUACAAAAUUACGUGGAGAGCUUGAUAUCCAAGUAUCCUUAUUGGAACAGAACAUUGGGUGCCGAUCAUUUCUUCGUCACUUGUCAUGAUGUUGGUGUCAGAGCAACAGAAGGACUUCCGUUACUUGUGAAGAAUUCCAUUCGAGCAGUGUGCUCCCCCAGCUAUGAUGUUGGAUUCAUUCCACACAAAGAUGUUGCUCUCCCUCAAGUGCUACAGCCAUUUGCUCUUCCAGCUGGAGGGAAUGAUGUAGAAAAUAGGACUUCUCUUGGAUUUUGGGCUGGUCAUCGUAACUCUAAAAUUAGAGUUAUUCUAGCGCGUGUAUGGGAAAAUGACACAGAACUUGACAUUUCAAAUAACCGAAUUAGUAGGGCUACUGGGCAUCUAGUGUACCAGAAAAGAUUUUACAGGAGUAAGUUUUGUAUAUGCCCUGGUGGAUCACAGGUUAACAGUGCUCGAAUAGCAGACUCUAUCCAUUAUGGAUGCAUACCUGUGAUAUUAUCAAAUUACUAUGACCUUCCUUUUAAUGAUAUUCUUGACUGGAGAAAAUUUGCUGUUGUACUCAAGGAAAGUGAUGUAUAUCAGCUUAAACAAAUUCUCAAAAAUAUAUCGCAGGCCGAGUUUGUUGUACUUCAUAAUAAUUUAGUCAAGAUUCAGAAACACUUCCAGUGGAAUACGCCUCCAGUGAGAUAUGAUGCUUUCCAUAUGGUUAUGUAUGACCUCUGGUUACGCCAUCACACCAUCCAAUACUGAUUCUAAGUCAUUGUCUGUUUUUGCGGAUCAAUGUCCAAGCGCGUGCCAGGAUCAACGCUACAGUUGCAAAUUCUGUUAAAUUACGGUCAAGUGGCAUAUGAAUGCAAGUUGAGUGUAUGUAGAAGUGAAACUAAACAAGCCCCAAGACUCACUCCUAUCCUGUAUACACCUUAAUUAGCAACCCAGAGAGGCACUGUAAAUAACUACAUUACUGUUUUGUAUGUAACAGCUAAUUUUUCAAUAUUCAUGCAUCCACAUUUUUGUAUUA